AUGGCUUUUUCCAACUACUCUUGCGGACUUGACUCUGAUUUCGCCAAUAGGCAGCGGAUCUUGCUCGCACGAAAGGCUGCGCGGUACGCUGCCGAGCAGGUCGCGGCCGAUGCGCGCGCGCGGGUGUUUAAUCCGGCAAACAGACCGAAAAACGCAAACAAACGCAACGGGAUCCUGGAAUCCUCGUUCGAACGCUGGGUCCAAACCCCAAGCCCCUCAUUGGUCAACCACUCGCCCGUUGCCAAACCACGGGCCUCGCAACCCCCAGAUCCAGAUCUACAGACGCUUAUCUGUGGCGACGAGAUGAUUUCACCCCGGACCGGAAUCACGCGCAGUCACGUGCACGCCAAGGGCUCGCUCCAGAGCCAUGUAAGGAUGUUGAACACCCUGUUGCACAUCAACCUGCUGCAAGGCCGGUGGGAGACCAGCUACCGCACGUUUGCCUUGCUGAUCAGGGUGUAUGGCACCGACACCCGAGAGAUGUGGCCUGUGGGGGUCGAGAUUUUGCACCGCCUGAACGAAAAAGAGACCGGGUGCGAGAACGACCCGGUUGCGGCUCGCAGCAGGUCCACACAACAGGUUGCUAGGCGCUACCAGCCAAAGAUAUACCGGUUCCUGCGCUUUUUGGACGCGACGCACGAUAAUAAAUUGUCCGAGAUCACUGGCCGGUAUCCGUAUCAGGUGAUCGAUAACGAGGUCGAUGAGCGGCUCGAGGACGAUCUCGACAAGAGGGACUACCAAACACAGCAUUUUCUCAAGCUCAACACGGCGCCGUUGUUCAAGUCCGGGUCGAAAACACAUCUGGCCAUGUAUGUGAUGGCGUUGCUAUGGGAACUAACCGUUGCCGGGCAACACACCCAAUUUUACGAGCUCGAGCACACAUUGAAGGUGAACUACGCUGGCGAUCUAACCAUGUUGCAAUACCUCAAGGCGAUCAACAAAGUCCGCGAAGGCCUGCACGGGUCCGGAUCAUCCAGCGCCCUGGAAGAAGGAGACUCGCUCCUGCGCGAUCUGGGGUUUCUAGAAUGA